GUCACAAACAGCCCAACACUUUCUCUCCGUUGAUCUCUCUCUCUCUCUCUCUCUCUCUCUCUCUCUCAUUCUCUAAUGGAGCUGGGAAGUGUGAUCAAGUUUCUUGAGAACAGGACCAUUUUAGUCACUGGUGGCACUGGAUUUCUAGCCAAGAUUUUUGUGGAAAAGAUACUAAGAGUUCAACCAAAUGUGAAGAAGCUUUAUCUUCUUGUAAGAGCUGCAGAUGCCAAGUCAGCCUCACAACGGUUGCAAACUGAGGUGAUAGCAAAGGACUUGUUCAGGGUUCUAAGAGAGAAAUUGGGUGCAAAUUUGAAUUCUUUUAUUGCUGAAAAAGUGACGCCAGUCCCUGGUGACAUUACACUUGAGAACUUGGGAGUGAAAGACGCUAACUUGGUGGAAGAGAUGUGGAGAGAAGUAGACAUUGUAGUUAAUCUAGCUGCAACUACCAACUUUGAUGAAAGAUAUGAUGUUUCAUUGAGUCUCAAUACAAUGGGAGCCAAGAAUGUUUUCGACUUUGCAAAGAAAUGUGCUAAGAACAUGAUGCUUCUCCAUGUAUCUACUGCUUAUGUAUCCGGUGAAAGGGCUGGACUCAUCCUAGAGAACCCCUAUUCCAUGGGAGAGACACUCAAUGGCAUUCUUGGAUUAGAUAUUGAAUUUGAGAAGAAAAUUGUGGAGGAGAGGUUGAGUGAGCUCCGUGCAAAGGAAGCUACAGAAGCAGAAAUCACUUUGGCAAUGAAAGAUUUGGGCAUUCAAAGGGCGAGGAAGUAUGGAUGGCCAAACACAUACGUGUUUACAAAGGCAAUGGGAGAGAUGCUUUUGGGGGAAAUGAAAAAAGAUGAUGAGAUGCCACUUGUCAUCAUCCGACCCACCAUCAUUACUAGUACUUACAAAGAACCCUUCCCUGGCUGGGUCGAAGGCAUCAGAACAAUUGAUAGCUUGGCUGUUGGUUAUGGGAAAGGAAAAUUGCCAUGCUUCCUUGGUGAUCUCGAAUCUAUAGUUGAUUUGAUACCAGCUGACAUGGUGGUUAAUUCAAUGGUGGUUGCAAUGGCAGCCCAUGCAACUCAACCAUGCGAGAUGAUGAUCUACCAAGUUGGUUCUUCAUUAUCAAAUCCGGUCAUAUUCUCUUGGAUUAAAGAGUAUGGCCACCAUUACUUUACAAAGCAUCCAUGGAUUGGUAAGGAUGGAAAGGCUGUCAAAGUUGGCCAUAUUACAGUUCUCAGCUCCAUGUCUAGCUUCCGCAGAUACAUGGCUUUGCAUUACUUGCUUCCACUCAAGGGAUUACAAGUAGCAAAUACAGCAUUUUGCAAAUAUUUCCAAGGCGUGUAUGCCGAUCUUCACCGAAAGAUCAAAUUUGUGAUGCGGUUGGUAGAACUUUACCAACCUUACUUGUUCUUCAAGGGCAUCUACGAUGAUAUCAACACUGAAAAGCUGCGAAUGGCAGCAAAAGAGAGUGGCGUUGAGAUAGAUGUGUUUUACUUUGAUCCCAAGAUCAUUAAUUGGGAAGACUACUUCUUGGACACUCACAUUCCAGGGGUAGUAAAAUAUGUGUUCAAGUGAUGAAGACGACCACAAGGACAAUAAAGGUUGUAUUUUAGGAGAAUUUGCAUUUACACCUAAAAAAAAAUUUGUGUUUUAAGGUUGAUAUAUACAUAUAUAUUUAUUUUGAAGAAGGUAUCAGUAUUCCUGCCAAUGUGUUUUGUGUAAUUUCAACAAAUGUAUUAAUUUAAUUGAAUUUGUUGGAAUAGAGUUGUUUUAAAUCUAUCUCAAGUAAGAAUUUUGUUUCUUUUUCCUAGGUGCUACACAACACUUUUCCUUUACUAGUGUGAUAUUUGGUUAUGAACCAUUACAUAAUUGACCAAAAAUUGUCAAAUCAAAUUUGUUUACAACUCAUAAUAGUAUUUGGCUAUAUUCCAAAGUGGAAUUACAUGAUUAGGACUCAAUUGUGGCAACUUUGAUUACCAAUCAAAAUAGACUUGAGUUAUGCCCCACAGUGCUGUUGGCAGGGCCGGCCUGAGAUUUAGGGGGCCCUCAGCAACAUUUCUAAAAUAGGAGCCUCUUAACAUUAAAAAAAUAAAUAAAAAAUUCAUGAAUAAAACGAUAAAUUAUAAUUUUUUUAUUUGUUUGUAAUCAUAAAAAAAUUUACUUGCACAUAUAAUCAUUAAAAUUAUAAAUAAAAAUUUACUUUCAUAUAUUAAAAUAGGAAGCAAUCAUUACAAAUACUUAAAAAAAAAUAAAAAUCUAGUCUUGUUACUUUUUUUUGGGCCUCAUGUUUAAUUGGGUUUAUAGUAUUUGGGCCAUCUUUUUUUUUUUUUUAAUAUCUAAAAUAUAAAAUUAUAUUUGAGGCCCCCUAUUUUAGCCCAAAUUUAGAAGCCCAAGGCGCAGGCCUCUCUUGCCUGCCCUCAGGGCCGGCCUUGGCUGUUGGUUAUGAUCAAUGACUCGAUUUGUUUGGUUUGUAGAGACAAUUUUUAUGAAAAAAUUUCAAAAUUUUGUUUAAUUGAAAAUUUUUGAAAAAAAAAAAAAUCAAAAUCAUUUUUCUUUCCACUA